AUGUCUCUGAACGCACUGCCCAGCCCGUGGUGUUCUCUGCUGGGCGCGCUCACCUCGGCUACGACGGAGGCCAAACGUGCGAACGCUUCCGCUGGCUCAGGGCACCAUGUAAAGAUCUGCGAGGACCCGCCCCAGAGGAGAGGCUACCCUGCGGAAGGCUCGUUCAGCCCUGUCGUCCACCCAGUUUACCAGCCGAGUCGCCUCAUCCGCCGCCCAGGAGGGUCGUCGGUCGCCGACUCAGGGGCUUCGUCCCCGUUGCUGCCCCGUUCCGCCACCCCUACCCCUAGCAUCCUUAGUGCUGGCAGUCAGGAGAUCCUCAGGGUCCGCUGUCGGAUCCUGCCCUCGGUCGCCGAAGUCAAGCCUUCCAGACCCAACACCCCCUCGCUCCCGCCGCCUCCACCGACGCCUCCGCAACUACAAAAACAACCAGUAACAGGUGAGCCACCCCCUAACAACCCCCCGAAAGGUACCACCCUGAGAGACACGUGGGUGUUUACCUGA